UGUAAUUACUCUUUUGCUCUUUUCUUUUUGUUUUUCUUUUUGUCCCCCCCAAACAAUUCUUACAUAACCAGCAAACUAAUCCUUUUUAUGGGCUCUAUAAAUUCCCCCCUACAGAUGUUUGUUUUAUUGCUUCCCUUCUUUAAACCAACUCCAACAUAUAAAAAGCUCAUAACCAUCUUCACCUGUUCGAUCUAGGCUUUCAAAGACAUCUUUUCAAGUUUUCUAAUGGCGACUUGUACUUCCUUUCAACUUCUUCUUCAUCUUGUGCUCCUGUCAAUCAUUAUAGCUCCUACAAAUGCAAACCUUGAAGGGGAUGCUCUGUACGCGUUGAGAAGAGCAGUGAAAGACCCAGGACUUGUUCUGCAAAGCUGGGAUCCAACCCUGGUAGAUCCAUGUACUUGGUUUCAUGUCACCUGUGACAACGAUAAUAGGGUUACCCGUCUAGACCUUGGGAACGCAAAGCUGUCGGGCAAUCUAGUACCUGAGCUGGGGAAACUCGAGCGACUUCAGUAUCUGGAACUGUACAUGAAUGAGCUGGUGGGUUCUGUACCAAAGGAGCUUGGAAACCUGAAAAGCCUGGUGAGCUUGGACCUCUACCACAAUAAUUUAACUGGGUCUAUCCCUGCUACUCUCUCAAAACUUUCCAGUCUCAAAUUCCUGAGACUGAACGGUAACAGACUGACUGGAAGGAUACCAAGGGAACUAACCAAACUGGGAAACCUCAAGAUUCUUAACGUGUCAGACAAUGAUUUGUGUGGCACAAUCCCUACUUCUGGCUCCUUCUCUAAGUUCUCAGAGGAAAGUUUUGUAAAUAACCCUAGACUGGAAGGCCCAGAACUGAUGGGAUUUGUGAGAUACGAUGUAGAAGGAGGAAGCUGUUAAUAAAAGCAUCAAGGGUUAUGAUACUAAGAAAGCCACUUUAUGCCGAGAGAAGAAUCUAUGAAGCUUGGUUGUGACUUUCAGCCAUCUGUAUUUCACUUUGCCGUUUUAAGUUGUAGAUCAGAACAGAAAGCUAAUAGCUAUGGCUGCUCCUAUUGCAUUAAUUAAAGAAGAUCAGUGGUAGCAUGCAAAAGUAUAAGCAUAAUUACUGUGUCUCCAAUGUGUUAAAUGUUAAUGUGUCAGCUUCAAUCCAA